GUACAUCUUGGUUUUGUUUUGUUUUGUUUUUUUCUCUCAGGUCGUUGUUACUAAUUAGCACUUCUGUCUUCAUGGGGUUUGUAGUUGAACACGUUAUUAUAUAUCGUAUAUAUUGAUUUCUUUACACUUUUCACCCUUCAUAUUGUGCGGUUUCACAAAAAGAACAAAAGCUGAAGAGAGUCCCCUGCGCAAAGUUUUUUUUCCCUUGCUACAUACCUCACUGCAACGUAGUUGGGGCAAAAUGACAAUGUUUGCUAUUGUUUCUUAAGGUGGCUCGUAGAUAGAGGCUUAGCCACACAGGCUGUCCUUGCGCUGGAAACAGCGAACGUGUUCAGGGCACACACCAUGACUGGUGAACGUGUGGGCCAUUUGCUGUGUUAAAGUAUGAAUUGAGCAAUGAAAUGGACAUUAAUUUUUAAUUAAAUAUUUUUGCACAGAGGUAGAACUCUUAAGAGUUUCAGGGCUGGAUGGGUAAAAUGUAAUUUGAAGGAACCCUAUUGUGGUCUCCCGACUGCAGUAUUUUUGUGGGUUCUAGAACCACGGGGUUUAUGCAUUUAGUAUUGCGUGCUUGACAGCGUGCUUGUGCAACUGGCUAGGCACUAAACUGGGGGGGGGGUUGAAGGGCUGAUCUCAAAUCGUAAUGCGAAGAAGGUGAAUCACAGUGGGUGUGCCUUAUGCUGUGUUUACUGAGGGUUUAGGUUUACUCUGGGGAAGUGUACUGAGGGCGGUUCCUGCCGACAGCAGACAUUUUCACCUUUUUAAAGUGUGUGUGACUGAAGGAGUCCAGCCACUGACUGAGCGGACGCAGAAGGUUAUUGACUCGUCAGCAGAAGACCCAGUUUUCACCUGCCUGCUCUAAGAUGGUGAUUGCCAAAGCAUGGAUUCUAAAGAAGCAUUUUGAUGGUUUUCCCAAAACCAGUGACUUUGACCUGAAAAAGAUAGAGCUACCAAAUCUAAAGGAUGGAGAGUUGCUGCUUGAAUCAGUGUUUCUCAGUGUUGAUCCUUACAUGAGACCUUACAGCCGAAGGGACAUGAAGGAAGGCGACAUAAUGAUCGGCACGCAGGUUGCCAGGAUUGUAGAAAGCAAAAAUCCUGCUUUUGCAGUGGGGGCCUUUGUCGUGGGUAACAGGGGCUGGAGAACUCAUUUUAUCUCUGAUGGGAAAGAUCUACAUCUCCUUCCUUCCAACUGGCCGGAAUCACUCCCCAAAUCUCUAGCUCUUGGAACAGUCGGCAUGCCAGGCCUCACUGCGUAUUUUGGUCUGCUGGAGGUCUGCAAGAUGAAGCCAGGAGAGACAGUGCUGGUUAAUGCUGCAGCUGGUGCUGUGGGCUCUGUGGUGGGGCAGCUUGCUAAAAUUGGGGGUUGCAAAGUGGUUGGCUGUGCUGGCUCAGAUGACAAGGUUGCCUAUCUGAAAAAUAUAGGCUUUGAUGAAGCCUUUAAUUACAAGACUGUUAAAUCUCUGGAUGAAGCACUGCAUAAAGCCUCUCCUGAUGGCUAUGACUGUUUCUUUGACAAUGUGGGUGGAGAAUUUGCUAGUGUUGCUAUCAACCAGAUGAGGAAAUACGGAAGGAUUGCAGUCUGUGGUGCCAUCUCUCAGUACAAUGACUCUGUGCCUCAGAAAGGGCCUUAUGUGCAGAUUCCCAUGAUUUUCAAAGAGCUUCAGAUGGAAGGGUUUCUUGUGAACCGAUGGAACAACCGCAGGGAGGAAGGUCUGCAGGCCCUGCUAAAAUGGGUUGUGGAGGGAAAAGUGAAGUGCCAUGAACAAGUCACUGAAGGAUUUGAGAACAUGCCAAUGGCUUUUAUAGGAAUGUUAAAGGGAGAAAAUCUUGGAAAAGCUGUUGUAAAAGUGUGAAGAUCAGAUAUUCCUGGAAGACUGGCACAGGAGAAUGUGAUUCUGUUAAAUGCUUUUAAUUUGCUUGUCAAAUCAUACGAUUGAUAUAUUUCAGUCAUUGUGCUGGAUGUUUGGUGAUGGUAACUGGUGAUCUGGCUAAUAAGUCUUAAGUAUAUUCCAAUUGCUUUGCUCUUGAAGAAAUUGAGAAUUGCUUCCCAGAGCUACACAAGACAAAGUGCCUUAGAAUUGCUGAAAAUUAGAACUGUAACAGAUUUGAUAAUAACUUGAACCUUUCUAUGAGCAGAAUUGUAGAAAGCAAAAUCAAUUGAAAAAGCUUUGCUAACUUUAUGUGAUGGAACAUUUAAUUUUUACCCAUUGAUUUGGCCCAGAACUUUGCAAGGGGAAUUUUUUUUAACCCAUAUCAAGGAGCGGAGAACAAGCUAACAACAAUUGGGGAUUCCAGCUUCCUCUCUAGCUGGCUUUUUUUUUUUUUUAAUUUUAUUAAACAGUGUAGCUAUCUUAGUUAUUCUGAGAAUAUGGAAAAGAAAAACAAAUCUCUUAAUGUGUA